AUUUACAUAUAAAUGAGAGCUCUGUCAGACGAAGAGACCAAGACAUUCUUUGAGAAGUUAGCGAAGUAUAUUGGAUCUAAUAUUAAGUUCCUGAUUGAUAGAGAAGAUGAAGACUAUGUCUUUAGACUUCAUAAGAGCAAAGUUUAUUAUGUCAGUGUUGAGGUGCUCAAGUUAGCAGGAAAUGUAGGAAAAGAUGAACUUUACAUGCUAGGCACUUGUUUUGGAAAGUUUACCAAAACUGGCAGAUUCAGACUCCAAAUUACUUGUCUUGAUUACCUCGCUAAAUACGCUAAGCACAAAAUUUGGGUAAAGCCAUCAGGAGAACAAACUUUUGUCUAUGGAAAUCAUAUUGCUAAAACUCAUUUGGCUAGGAUCACAGAAAACACUCCAGUAAAUGCUGGAGUUGUUAUUUUCUCGAUCACUGAUAUCCCUCUCGGAUUCGGAGUAACUGCUAAGUCUACUGUAGACUGAAGAGACCUCGAUCUCACUGCAAUGGUGGCAAUUAACCAAUGAGAUGUUGGAGAAUACUUGAGAUCUGAAGAAGAAUUUUAA